UCGCCUUUACUACUGGCGGUUACAUUUUAUUUACAUACAGGAGAAGAGCAUGAUAAUAAGAUAUCACAGAUUAUUGACACUAUUAAGAUAUUAUUAAUUCAAGUAAAGAAAGUAAUUAUUAAUGUGAUAUUGCUUGAAAAACUUGGAUUGAGUUUAUACUGCGUACUACUGCAUUCGGUUGUUUUAAUGUCGAGGGAUCGAAAACAUUUCGGGUUCUGUCGCUUACUGCUCUUAUACAACGACCGAGCACAUAGAAGCACAACUUUUGAAAAUGGAUAGGUGUUCGUGCGGAACAAAUACGUUUGAUGAAUACCUAGGCAACGAUAACAACUUAUUAGGCGUAAAAUGUAAAUCAUGCGAUCAAGAGUGGCUGAGAGAAACCAGGAAUCCGAGAGAGAGAAUCAUUUUACAAGGACAAGAAAUGGGCAAAUACACUCAUAAAGAUCGCGUGGAAAGUGGCUGCUUAAUGACUAGGUCAGAGCGAUCCCAUAUCCCCCCAAGCGAUAUGAAUUCGUUGAGAAAAGCGGAUCAUAUUACUUGGCAUAGGACGUGUGGAAUCUGGCAUCAUGCCAUUGUGUUAAACACAUUUCCGUCGGAAUUCAUAGAAAUAUGCCAUUUUGAUUCAGGCAAGUAUGGAUGGAAAAUAAAAGCGAUUAUCAAAACCAAAAAGAUAAAUCUGCGAAAGGAAGAUGGUUUACUGUACAAAAUAAAUUACAGCAACAUUCCUGAAGAAAAUUCUGCUGAAUUAGUAGUCGCGAGGACAAGGGUUUUACACUCACUGUCAAGAACUGGCGAGUAUUGUUAUAACGUUUUGACGAACAACUGUGAAAAUUUUGCGACAUUUUGUAAAACAGGCACCAGCAUCAGUUACCAGUUUAAGUGGUUGAUAUCACAGGUACAACGAGCGGUAAUUAAUGGCAUGCAAACUACAUAUCGUAUUAAACGUCUGUCCUUUCUGCUACGACAUAUACGGUGUAUAAGUGACGAAAAAUUAAGUCGCUUUAUAGAUGCCGUAUGUGCUGGUGUGCUGGUGCUAGGUGAAGUAAAGAUGUGCUACGAAGACAUUGGUAAAAUAAACUCAAAUACAGGAAUAUCAGGUGAAGAUCGCUUGCUUGAAAAAGUCAAGCGGAUAUCUGAAUGUGUAGUAGGAGUGAUUGCUGUGGGUGUUGGUAGCUACGCGAGGGGACAUUUCAGAUCAAGAUUCGGUAGCCUGAUCGGUGGUCCAUUGGAACUUUGUUUUGGUAAGAUUGUUGGCGCCUGGGUCGGUAGUCGGAUUGCAACAAGUGUAAUAAUGAAUAGAGGUUUUUGCAUACGCGAUGUGCUCAUGUAUUGUUGGACUGUGCUGUGUAAGCAUUCUUUUAUAGGUAUGGUUUUAAAGUUUAUUGUACUGCUCAUAUAAUACAUUUGCUCAAAACAUAUUAGUGUUAUAUCGAAUAAGUCUAUAUUUUCUUUUGAACAGUAUUUUAAGGGUGAAGAGACACAGUCGGAUUAUUUGUUCCUAUUCAUUUCCAACAUGCAUAAUUAUUUAUGACAUUCUUCUGCAUAUAUUGUACAAGUAAACAUGAAAAUGCGCGUAUGCCAUUGUAUCAAUGUAAUUUGAUAUGCAAAUAAAUAGUUAUGUUAUUUUUUCGA